GAGGCCCUGAACGCAUCAUCGAUGGUUGUUGGAGCCAGUAUGUCUGCUGGUGGUCUUGUCAUGUUAACCUAUCUUAGAACAUUUUGGAAACAUAAUAAACUUGAUUAAAGUCACGUUGUCAGUUUCCAUUUUCUUUUAAACUGGUGCAGUUCAGCCUCUGCUCCACUAGGUGUCAGAAGCUGUCGGCGGAAGUGAAAGCUUUCUCUUUGCUUACAAACAGGAGGUAGGCCUUAAGGCAUCCAUAGCUGAGAACCUGUUAUCCGUUAACCCUGUUUUUAACAUUUUUGCCAAAUCAUUGCACCGUGUCAAAGUCAGGCAAAGUGCCUUUGAAUGCACCAUGAAGACGCAGCUGCUUGGGACCAAGAAGCGCCCAAAAGCAGCCGGAGCCGAGGCUGCUCUGUCUCUACAACAGGAGCUUGUUGCAGCGAUACAUGGGGCGUUUGAAGUGGCUGUGGAGAUAGCGGUUCGAGAGGUGACGAAGCUUGUAGGUCAGGCAACAGGAGACUCCUAUGAAGAGAUGCGACGAGAGAACGAGUCUCUUAAACAAAGACUGCAGAGAGCUGAAGCUCUGCUGGACACUGAGGAAAGGGAAAGCAGCUCUCCUACAAAACAACUCCUGAACGCCACCAACCUCACAGGUCAACCUCCUCUCAUUAAAUACAGUCGUUUCACGGGGGUCAAAGUUGACGCUCCUCCUGCAGUUCACUCUCUCGGGCGUGCACAGCAGCCUCCUGACCCCCAACAGAGACACGAGGAGCAGAGAUCAGCCGGUGACUUAAAGACUCCGCAUGUCAGUGACGCUGCUUCAGAGAAAAGAGAUGAUGGAUGCCUUGUUGCUUGUGAUGCUUUGACUAAAGAAGUCAGUGAUGAAGUCUCCCGUGUGUGUGUGGUGGAGGUAGAAAGCACUAACCAGCCAUGUCAAGAACUGGCCGCUGAAGACCGCGACUCGUCACCACUUCCCAGCCUGGAUGAUGAAACUACUUUAGAACAUGUUACAGUAAAGCGAGAGGAGCUGGAUGAUUCAGCUUGCUGUUUAGACUCCGUCAAAGUAGAGGACUUUAGCCCAGAGUGCAUGUCAGUGGUCCAGACUGAAAUGCUGGAAGAGUGGAAACCAGAAGUGCUGGAUGUUCAGAGCCAAGAUUCAAACUCUUCUCUGUCCUGCACCAGGCUGGCUCAGGAUCUUCCCUCCCUCUCCUCAGAGUUCCCAAACAUCUUCCAGCUGGCAGAACCAGCUCCCAUCCCAGAAGCCCCUCCGCAAGUUUAUGGAGUCCACGUGCAAUCCAGCCGCAGCCACACCUUCACCAACCUCUACGCCUGCAAGUCCUGCGGCCAGACGUUCCACCUGCCCAGCUUGCUGCGACGGCACUACAGCCAGUGCCAGCAGAGGCUCCAGCAGUGUUUUCAGCAGCCCGUAGAUGGAAGCAAGAGGACCAGACUGCAGCUUUACCCGCCGGGCUGCAGCCCCUUCCGCUGCACAGAGUGCCACAGAGAGUUCAACCGUAUGGAGAACCUCAAGACUCACCUUCGCAUCCACACGGGAGAGAUGCCUUACACGUGCUCAGUGUGCUCUAAGAGUUUCCGUCACUCUGGGGCGUUAACCAGGCACUUCCGCAUCCACACCGGAGAGAAGCCUUACAUCUGCGGACAUUGUGGGAAGUCCUUCAGGAACUGUGGGGGGCUUAAAUUCCACCAGCGUUCACACAGCAAGCAGCUACAGUAGCCACACUUAAAAAAUAAAAUAAAAAAGUAUAGUUUUUAUGUGUGAAGUAGGAUCGUAAUUACUGGUUAAUAUCAGGGUUUUGACGGGCCACAUAUUUGGUCUAACCUUAAAGCUGGGAUAGGCAAUUUUAUUUUCUUCUUCGUCAUUGGGCAAACCAUUUCAUUAUAUUCAAGCCUUGUCCAAAAGACUGCCUACCCCAGCUUUAAAUGAAUCUCUGGCUGUUUCAGAAAAGUGGUUAUUUCAUAACUGGGACCCUCCUGUCUGUACUGUUCCUCAUUUUUCUCACUGUUCUUCCCUUUUGCGAUCACGGGUAUUGUUCUUAAAAGCUCUCAACCAGAAAGUAGCAUCUCUACAAGUUAUAGGCACUAUUGAGGUCAAAGUAUUAAGUUACUGAAACAUGACUAUCUAUAAAUCAGUGUCCUCUUUAGUAGAAAAAGACUAAGUAGAAACACAAAUGGAUACUGUCGCUAUGUGAUCAGCCUUUAAAUGAUGACUGUAGCACUUAUUGAUAUCAAGUGUUUUGAACCUUCAGUGUUACUCUAAGUGCAAUUCCCCCCCCAAACUUGUUUUAUGAUAGUUAUUAAAGAAAAUGUUUCUAAUUCA